ACAACAUUUAAGUGCAGUUCAGCACGUGUUUCCGGUUUGUGUUUUCAAACCUCGGUUACUGUUGCUGAGAUUGUUGGCUACCUGUUUUUAUAAUGUUCGCCUGUAGAUCUGUCAUUAGUAACACAAGGGGUUUGUUUAACAGGUUAAGUAAUCGAAUUUACAAAUCCAGGAUGGGAAACUUUACAUCCAGUCCAUCAGGUUCCUUCUCCAAUACAGCAUCUGCCAGCUUUGUUCAGGAAGUGGUUUCACGUAACUGCAUUGUGAUAUUCUCCAAAACCACAUGCCCUUCUUGUCGAUUGGCUAAAAACGUGUUUAACGAAAUCGGCACCCCGUAUAAGGUUCCAAGAGUGUUUGUAAAUGGUACAUGUAUUGGCGGCGGUUCAGAAACAAAAGAACUUCAUCAAAGAGGCAAGCUGUUGCCAUUGGUAGAGCAGUGUGCCCCGUGCUGUGAGGGAAGUGGAAUGGACGACUCAAGUGGGGCUCAGCCUGCCUCCUAUAACUUAUAAUGGGCCCUGGAAAUAUAAUCUCUUUGGACUGGCAAUGAGCAGAGCUUCUGUAUUAUUCAUACUGGUACAAGCAGGCUGCAUGUGUUUGUACUGUAUUUGUUUGUUUUUAAAUUAUCAGACAUCUUAUUUCCAACCAGUUUAGUUGAGAAUUUUAGUGAUUAUGUAGAGUGAAGAAUUUGGUGACUGUCAUGUUGUGGCAUUCAACCCAGAUAAAUCAUGCCUAUGCAUGAUCAUGCCUGAUUCACUACUGCUCUGACAUCUGAGCCAUCUUUAAAGUAGAGCUUGAAGGCCAUUCCAUAAUCCAUCUACCACUUUAAGUUACUGUAACAAUGAUUACAGUUAAAUUAAAUUAGCGCAGCUGCUAUUGCUUAUAUAUAUAUAUAUAUAUAUAUAUAUAUAUAUAUAUAUAUAUAUAUAUAUAUAUACAUGUGUGUAUAUAUGUAUAUCUACAGUGCCUUGCAAAAGUAUUCAGACCCCUGACCAAUUCUCUCAUAUUACUGAAUUACAAAUGGUACAUUGAAAUUUCGUUCUGUUUGAUAUUUUAUUUUAAAACACUGAAACUCAAAAUCAAUUAUUGUAAGGUGACAUUGGUUUUAUGUUGGGAAAUAUUUUUAAGAAAAAUAAAAAACUGAAAUAUCUUGCUU